AAGUCUUCGCCGAGUUUUGCCGAACGAUUGAAGUUUCGAGCAUCCGGGAAUAUGAAGAACGACAACUCAAGUUGACCCAAGAAGUAUCCGAAAAGCGAAUGCAGUUCGAAACACAAAAGGCUAAACUGGAGAACCAGCUGGAAUUUGAAAGAAGCAAAGCGAAAAGUACUGAAGAGCGAAUCCAUAAAAUGGAAUCCAUUAUGGUCAGCGAUAGAGAGAGCAUUGCUCAGCUGGAGCAAGAAAGGACUGCCCGCGAAGCAGAGAAGGCAACUCUUGCCAAUGAGAUCGAAGAAGCCAGUGAACAGCUUGAUUCUGUAAAGCAACUGAUGGAGGAGAAAGGGACGGCAGUAUCGAAGGUUAAAAAACAAAUACAGAAAUUACAGAAAGAGGUUGAGGGAAGCUCGAAGUCUAUGGCAGCGAAGGAAUCAGAAAUUGAGAAAUUAUCUGCUGAUAAAUUCUCGAUUUUCCGAAAAUGUAAACUAGAGGAGAUCAAAUUGCCUUUCUUGGAGGGAUCUUUGGACGAUCUCUCCUUGGAUCAAUUGGAGAUAGGGGGAGCCGAUUCGAUGGAGAUCGAUUCACAGACUCUAAGUUUCUCUGCUCGAGUGCAAGGGUUUCAAGUGGACUUUAGCAAUUUGAAACCUGCUCAUAAGCAGAAUGGUUCGGACGAAAUGGAAGUGGAGUUCCAAGAGACGCUGAGGAACCUCACGACUGAGAUUGAGAGAAUGGCUCCGAAUAUGAGGGCGGUUGACAGAUUGGAUGAGGUUGAGCACAAGUUGAAGGAGACUGCAAGAGAAUUUGAUGCUGCUCGAAGAGAGGCUAAGUCAGCUAAGGAUGCGUUCAUGAAGAUUAAACAAGAGCGUUACGAUCGUUUCUACCGGGCGUAUACACAUAUUGCUGAGAAGAUUGAUCCAAUAUAUAAGGAACUCACCAAAUCCAAGACAUUCCCAAUGGGUGGCACUGCGUACUUAAGCUUGGAGGACAGUGAGGAGCCCUACAACGACGGAGUCAAAUACCAUGCGAUGCCUCCCAUGAAGCGGUUCAGAGAUAUGGAGCUGCUGUCUGGUGGCGAAAAAACUGUGGCAGCCCUGGCACUGCUCUUUGCUAUCCACAGCUAUCAACCUGCGCCGUUUUUCGUCCUGGAUGAAGUCGAUGCCGCCUUGGACAACGCGAAUGUCGCCAAAGUUGCCAAUUAUAUUCGACGAGUCGCCUCCAACUCGUUUCAGUUUAUUGUUAUUUCACUGAAGCAUACUUUCUAUGAAAGAGCUGAAGCUCUUGUUGGGGUUUACCGAGAUCAGGGCAUAAACAGCAGUAAAGUUUUAACCUUGAAUUUGGAAAGAUUUCUGGACUGAACGGGAUGGAUGGAUGUGAUUGUAGUGGAGCCUGUAGUGUCAUUAUGCAGAGAUUCGCUUGUAUAUAGUUGUGCUUGUUCGAAGAUUGUUCAGGAUUUAUGAGACCGUUUUUUGUUCAUUGCUUAAUAGCAUGCGGCUUCAGUUCGGUGCAGAUUGUUGUAUUCAGG